UGUCCAGCUCGCCGCCCCGAAGGAUCGCCAUGGUGGCCACCUGCCUGCACCUGGCCGGAUUUAUCUGCAGCUUUAUCGGCUGGAUCGGGGUGAUCGUGGCAACAUCCACCAACGACUGGGUGGUGACUUGCGGCUACACCAUUACCACCUGCAGGAAAAUGGAUGAGCUGGGAUCCAAGGGGCUGUGGGCAGACUGUGUCAUGGCGACAGGUCUCUAUCACUGCAAGCCCCUCGUGGACAUCCUCAUACUGCCAGGGUAUGUCCAAGCGUGUCGAGCACUGAUGAUCGCCGCCUCUGUCCUGGGUCUUCCUGCUAUCUUCUUGCUGAUAACAGUCUUGCCCUGCAUCCGGAUGGGCCAUGAGCCUGGAGCUGCCAAGUACCGGCGAUCCCAGCUGGGAGGGAUCCUCAUCAUCCUUCUGGCCAUGUGCGGUGUCGUUGCGACCAUCUGGUUUCCCGUGUGCGCCCACCGCGAGACCACCAUCAUGAGCUUCGGCUAUUCCCUCUACACGGGCUGGAUCGGCUCUGCCCUCUGCCUCUUCGGCGGCUGCAUCAUUGUCUGCUGCUCGGGAGAUGCCCAGACGUUUGGUGAAAACCGCUUCUACUACGCCUCGGGAUCCAGCUCCCCUACCCACGCGAAGAGCGCUCACGUGUAAGCGUCCUGGGGAUGUCCCACGGCUGCCGUCGGAUGCUUUGGCUG